UGAUAAUUGAGAGUUGCGUCCCUUGUAUUAUUGCACAAAACUGGUAAAAAGAAAAAAAAUACUGUGACCUUCCUAGUUGAGAAUGAGCGAUCAGGAAGAGCAGGAUGAUGAGUUGCUAGCACUGACUAGUAUCUAUGACAAUGUGCUCAAGGUCACAAAAGAAGGUGAGCUCAAUGGUGGAGAAUUGUCUGCCAGUCCAGUACUGCCUGACGAUUUCUGUGUGAAAAUUUUGAAGAAUCAGAAAGGAAGUAGUGGGGAGACAAGUGAAACAGAGUUACACAUAAUUAGAUACCUACCUCCAAUAUUGUUGAAUUUUGUUUUACCAAAGGACUACCCAUCCUGUAACGCUCCACAGUUCACUCUCUCUUGUAAAUGGCUCAACAGGCAGCAGCUUGGAAAACUGUGCAAGAAGUUAGAUUCCAUUUGGGAGGAGAACACGGGUUGUGUUGUAUUAUUUAUGUGGAACACAUUCCUGCAAGACGAGCUGUUUGAUUUCCUAUCUCUCAGUUCGCCACUGGAACUUGCUCAUGUGAUCAACCCUAGAAAAGAUUCAAACCUUGACGACCGUGCCAUACAGGAAAUAUCGUCAGAACACGAACUUUUACCAGUGAUAUUAGAGUUCAACAAACAGGAAAAAUUCCGCCAGUUUGAGAAAUCCAGUUUUACGUGUAAAGUGUGUUUUAGUGAAAAAGCUGGUGUAAAUUGUACAAUAUUUCAUGACUGUGAUCACGUAUACUGUAAUGAGUGUAUGAGAGACUAUUUCAGUGUACAGAUAAGAGAUGGAAAUGUGAAAGGUCUGGAAUGUCCAGAUGAUAAAUGUGAAUCACAGGCACAUCCUGCACAAGUUAAAAAGUUGGUGUCACCAGAUCUGUUCAGCAAGUAUGAUCAGUUGUUAUUCCAGACGAGCCUAGAUACGAUGUCAGACGUGACGUUCUGUCCUCGACCAGUCUGUCAAUCACCUGUUCUGAUGGAAAGGGAGACAACUCUUGCUACAUGUCCAGUCUGUCAUUUUACAUUCUGCACACUUUGUAGACUGGUAUAUCAUGGAUUAUCUCCCUGUAAACUGAAAGCAGAUGGAUUGUUGAAGUUACGAGAGGAGUAUUUGUCAGCGGACUCUGCCACCAAGAAAUUACUUGAGAAACGAUACGGCAAGAUAACAAUACAGCAAGCUCUAGAAGAGAGCUUUUCUAAUGAAUGGCUCAAGCAGCACUCGAAACAAUGUCCAGGUUGUGGAGCUUUCAUUCAGAAAAUAGAUGGCUGCAACAAGAUGACCUGUAUGAAAUGCCGUGCAUAUUUUUGUUGGAUAUGUAACAGCUCGUUGUCACGUGCAAACCCAUACUCUCACUACAACACCCACGGAUCACCGUGUUAUAAUAAACUGUUUGAAGGCGUUGCAAUAGAUGACUGGGAGGAUGAAGAUGAUGAUUGGGGUUGGGAUUGAUUGGAAUCAUUCACCAUUAUUUUAAUGAAUGUAUGGUUGUAACUGAUUUAGCUGCAUACUACUUAAUUUUUCUUUUAUUAGCUCAUCUGAUUUUUAGCUCGACUAUUCGAAGAAUAGGGGAGCUAUCCUACUUGCCCCGGCGUCUGCGUUAGCAUGAGCGUCACACAAAUGUUUAAGUUUGCGUACCACCACAAAUUUUUUCAAAGUCCAUUGAGAUAUUGCUUUCAUAUUUUGCAUACUUGUUUACCAUCAUGACCCCAGUCUGUAAAAAGGAGGAGGCAACUCUAUCAAGCAUUUUGACUGAAUUAUGGCCCCAUUUCGACUUAGAAUAAAUGUUAAAGUUUGCGUACCACCCCAAAUAUUUUCAAAGUCCAUUGAGAAAUUGCUUUCAUAUUUUGCAUACUUGUUUACCAUCAUGACCCCAGUCUGUAAAAAGGAGGAGGCAACUCUAUCAAGCAUUUUGACUGAAUUAUGGCCCCUUUUCGACUUAGAAUAUGCUUAUUGUAAUGUUAAAGUUUUACUCAUAGCUUAUAUUAUACUAUCAAGCACUGAGAAUAGUCGAGCACGCUGUCCACUGACAGCUCUUGUUGAAAAAAACCUAUGAGGUAUUGUCAAAAUAUUUGUUUUGGUCCACCUUUAUUCAAAAACUAAAACUGUAAGAGCUACAGCUUUGAAACUUUGCACACUUAUUUAUCAUCAUUACAUGACUGUGUAGGCCAAGAACCAUAACUCUGAUUUGCAUUUUGUCAAAAUUAUGGCCCUUUUUGUACUUAGAAAAUUUGAGUUUCUUUGUUAAAAUUUUUGUUUAGGUCCACCUUUUCUCAAAAAAUAUAAGAGAUACAGCUUUGAACUUUGCACACUUGUUUAUCAUCAUUAGAUGACUGUGUAGGCCAAGAACCAUAAUUCUGAUAUGUUUUUUGUCAGAAUUAUGGCCCUUUUUGUACUAAGAAAAUUUGAGUUUCUUGGUUAAAAUUUUUGUUUUAGGUCCAUCUUUUCUCAAAAUCUGUAAGAGCUACAGCUUUGAAAUUUUGCACACUUGUUUAUCAUCAUUAGUUGACUAUGUAGGCCAAGAACCAUAACUGUAACUUGCAAUUUGAUUGAAUUAUAGCCCUUUUUGUACUUAGAAAUUCUGAACUGUUACUCUCUUCUUACAUACGGUCCAGCACUUGCAGUUGAGCGAUGGCACCUGUAGGUGGUGCUCUUGUUCUUAAUUAGUUGUCUGCCAGCUUAGGUUAGUAGGGAGAGUGCAGAUCAACUUAUUGCAGGGUAUUGUCAGAUUCCCAGGUGAGCCAUAUGUUCUCCAUGAUGACUGAUGAAAGACAUUAUGUCUGAAGUCACACGUCCUCUACCUCUGAUUCAUGUGGGGAAGUUGACAGUUACUAUUAGAGAACAGGCUAGUGCUUGAACAGUACCCAGGAAAACUGGUUAGGUUAACUGCCCAAUGUUACUCAGCUAGAAUACUGUUCAAAAUGGCAUUAAACCCAGACAAAACUUAAACAGUUAUUUAUAUAUCUGGAUACUUUGGUUACUGGUAGAAGUUUCCAUUUCGGUUUCAAAAGCAUACAUGCUUUUCAAGUGGGUACUGGCAGCAGGUCUUCAUGUAUGCUUAAACACUACUAUGUUAAUACACAAAUGGAAGUAACUCUGAUUGCUCCAGUGUUGCAUAUGUUUGUAGGUACAAAUCUUUGAAAUAUCAAGCUUUGAGUCAGCAUUUCACACUUUUUCUGAUCUUUGAAACAACAAAAUUGUCAUCUAAACUUUGUCACUGUCAUCUAAAUAUACCUUACAGAAUAUCCUACCUUGUGUUGUCAUGUCAAAGAGCAUACCUCCCAUGGGUAACAUCCAGUUAAUGCACAUGUCUCGUAUGACAAUGUAAUAUAUAUAUAAGCAAACGUGGUCAUUCAAGCAUUGUCACCAUUGGAAUAAUUGAUUUUUUGGGUCAGAAGAUUUCAUAGGAAUUAGAAUGGAUUAGCUGCAUAUAGUUUAGUUUUAUCAAAAAUAAAUUUAUUUGGACUAUAACAUUGUUAACUUUUAAAUAUUUAGUUAAGACUCACAGGAUAAGUAAGGGGAGAAUAUGUGUCAGGCAGCCGGUUAGCUCAAUCGGUAGAACACUCGCCCUGUAAGUGAGGGGUCCCUGGUUCGAGCCCCAGACUGACUGCACAUUUUUCUCACCCUGUGACAUUCAACGCUAUUUUGAUGGUUCAGCUAAAUGCUUGUUGAAACGAGUAGUUUGAUUGGUUCAAAUAAAAAUAGAUUUGCAAAAAUAAAAAUAGCAAUAUCGGCAAAUCCAAAUAUACAAAAAGAUGAAUGUGAAUAGGUCAUCCUCAGAUCUUCGUUUAGAAGAUCAAGUACUUUAGUCAGAUUGCAAUGGAACCUUAAACGUCAAUGUUUUAUAUAUUGACAUUCAAUUUUCAUAUUGGGGUGUAUGAUGUCAUUUGUGAUGUCAGUUUCAUGUAUGGUUGCCGCGUUCAUGUAUGUUGCCACAUUUAAAAGUUGUUUAACGAAGAUAUUUUUAAUUUCACUCAGGCUUAAUAACAAAUUUGUAUCAUUUAUAUAAUAAUUUUAAGUUUAGACACAUAUGUAAUAGAAAGAUUAUUAUACUUCCAUCAAAAAAUAUGCACUUGUUCUUUCGCUGAAUAAUAUUGCACUCCUAAAGUCACACAAUAUUUCCGCUGCAGAGCUUGUGCAUAUUUCUUGAUACAAAUUUAUGGAUAUAUAUUGUAAGUACCUCCAAGGUAUAUAUAUAUUGUCAAUAUUUAUUAUAUAUACAGUGGAGUCCGCUUAUUUGCAUACCCAAUUUGUCAAAGCAAAAUAUGCGAAUAACCGGGCUAUUCGUUUAUCCGAAUACACGUAUAUGGCAUCUGUUUCGGUAUGCUUCGGCUGCUCUAGGAGCAAUGGUUAUUACUUUGAAUCAAUACGGCAACAUUAAUUGGAAAAUGUGUCACUAAUGGAGUGAUUAAUCAUACCUGUGUAUGUUUUAAACAAAUAAAACUGUAAAUGACAAUACUGUUGAAGUAUUUUCGACGAAUUGAUAACAAAAGUACUGUCCUAAUUAUAAGAAGGAAGUAGAACGUCAUCAGCGGUGUAGCAUAAGAACUGCUACAAGUGUGAGAAUCACGUUGACGAAUUUGUCACGCACCCAUUGUCACCUAGGCGAUGUGAAACAGCUGAUCGGCUAGAGUAAUUCACAGCAAAUUGUCGGCGUCUUUUGAUCAUUUUUAUCGCUGUUUGCGACCAAAUAAGUGGACUUUUAGCCAAAUAUUUUAUGCAAUUAAGCGGGACAGAUUAAAAAUUUCAUGCAAUUAUGCGAAAAACUUUAAAGGUAAUUAUAUAGGGAUCGAUCGGUGCUUCAAAUUCGUAUGCGAAUAUCCGGGAUAUGCGAUUAACCGAUAUGCAAUUAAGUGGAACGUACUGUAUAUGAUAUGCUAUUCAAAUAAAUUGGUUUAUACAUGGAAUUUUGAGAAUGUAUAUUUCUGCAGAGUCAUCUGUGCUGGUCAUUUUACAUAUGAUAUGAAAUGGUGAUAGAUAAGGGGUUUAAACAAAGUCUUGAUGGAAUCAUAUUAAAAUAGUCUGCAACAGCUUAUAAUGAAUUUCUCAAAAUAUUUAAUCAAAAAUAGUCAUUCCUAAGUAAUAAAUAACUGGUAAUGGAAGUUUACCUGUGUUGGUUGUUUCUGUACAUGUAACAGUUAAUGUUUUGGGCAUUAAUAAUUAGUAAAACACCAAUUUAUUAUUAUAUCUGUAUUAUGUGUUAGCAAUGUUUGUUCAUUUUGAAUACACGGCUACUGUUAUUGAAUGAACUUCAAACGCAGUAUAAAGAUGAAUUCAAAAUAUAUGCAUACAUGUAUUGACUGUCGAAAUGAAGCCGCUUUCAGACUAUUCAGGAAUCUUUCCCUGUUGUCCCAUUUCUGUAUUUAAAAAAAUAUUUGGAUUUGAAGAUAACGAUCUUAAAUGCAUGUAUCACUGUGUAUGUUAGGGUUUUCUGUACCCAGUAGGAGGUAGGGAAUGAAAAAAAUCUAAUCUAGGCUGUCCCUUGGGUUAGUGAAAAAAGAACAUCCUGCUUAUUAGUGCAUUCUGAUUAUUUGUUCAGAUUAUUUUAUGAAAGGUAGAACAGAAUGUUGACCAAAUAUAGGAAAGUUAUCCAUAUAAUUGUAUGAAAGGCAGUUGAGCAAGUAUUUGGAAAUUGUUACUACUGUUUGUUCAGAUUAUUGCAUAAAAUGCAGAACAGAAAGUUGACCAAAGAUAGACAAAUUUAUUGUUAUGACUGGUUGUCCAUGUUAUUGUAUCAAAGGCAGAACAGAAUGUUGACCAAAGAGAGGGAAAUUGUUACGACUGGCUGUCUGGUUUUCCAGAUUUUUGCAUGACAGAACAGAAUGUUGACCAAAGAUAGGGAAAUUUAUUGUUACAACUGGUUGUCUGGUUGUCCAUAUUAUUGUAUGAAAGGCAGAACAGAAUGUUAACAAGCCUUUGAAAUAUUAAAACAAUACCUUCAGUUAUUGCUCAUCCUGUUUAUAAUUGGCAUUUUCAAUAUGUUUUUGUGUUAAUCAAGAUAAUAUUACUGAAAAAUAACUUCAGUGUGUGUUUGUGUUUACAAUUUGCUACAAAUUUCAAAUUGCCAGAAACUUUUAUUGUUGACAUUUGGAAGAAAGCAAAUGUUAAAACUGAACUAGAUGAUUGUUCAUUUUUGUUAAAUAUUUACAAGCAGUGUCAUUGCUUACCACCAGGUAUACAUGUAGUAUAUUUUUCUAUAGCAGUUCUUACUGCAACAAUUAUAAAUAUAUAUUCUGACUGGUAUAUAUUGUGUUAUCGCUGUGAAUUAAUUUACAGUUUGAAUUUGAUUGUGAUUUAUUUAUCUGUAUAUAUGUGAUUUCCCCCAUAUUUAUCUGUAUAUAUGUGAUUUCCCCCAUAUUUAUCUGUAUAUAUGUGAUUUCCCCCAUAUUUAUCUGUAUAUAUGUGAUUUCCCCCAUAUUUAUCUGUAUAUAUGUGAUUUCCCACAUAUUUAUCUGUAUGUGAUAUUAAUUGUUUAUUUUCACAUUCUAGUAAAGAAUGCCCUUGUGAAUUUAUUCUAUUGUCACAAGAUAUGUAGUUCAAUUCACUUGCAUUGUUGCUUGUAAGAAGGAAAAAACAAAUACUAGAAAACCAAGCAAAAGUGUAUAUAUUGUUGCAAACAUACAUUGCUCUUUGAAAUGAAGCCUGUCUGAUUAGUGCAGUUUAUUUGAGGUGCAUCAUGACAUUUGAUCCCAAGGUGAGAUAUAUUUUAUACAUAUUGAUUUUUCUUAAAUACAUUACCUCAGAAGUAUAUCUCCUUUUCUGAUUUAUGUUUUGAAGUUGCUGAGAACAAGUUCAUACUCGUGUAAAAUUCAAAGCACUAUUAAAAAGUGGUAUAGAUCCUCAGUGAACCUAAAGUCUGUCAUUUUGAUGGUGAUGGUGCUAGAUUACUUGUAGACAGCAUUGAAAAUUUAUAUUUGUAUGAUCAGUUUUGCUCAAGUAUUUGUUUUAUAUACAAAUUUAGUGUGUCGGUGCUUGGAUACUGAAUGUUAAGCAAUGUCAGUUUGUUUUAGCUUGGUUGUGAUGAAAGCUUCAAGCUUAUUUGAACCACUCUGGAGUAAAUUAGUUUAGUUUAUGCUUAUUUCGUUAGAUUAUUAAUUUAUUUUAUACUGCACUUAAUUUGAAUUAAUACACUUUUUCUGUAAGGAUACUUAUAUUUGGCUAGUCAGUGUUUAAUUACAGGAAAGACAAUACUGGGGUACUUUGAUAUUUUAUUAACAUCUGUUGUUUUACUAAUGGUAUACAGUCAUAUCAGCUUCUUCAAGUGCAUUUUUACUCUUAUGAGCUUUUGUGACCACUCAAUGUCCGUCAUCCGUCGUUAACAAUUUCUAAAAAAAUCUUCUUCUUGAAAACCACUGGGUAGAAUUACACCAAACUUCACAGGAAUGAUCCAUAGGUGGUCCCCUUUCAAAAUUGUUCAAAGAAUUGAAUUCCAUGUAGAACUCUGGUUGCCAUGGCAACCGAAAGGAAAAACUUAAAAAAUCUUAAAAAUCUUCUCGUCUAAAACCACAAGGCCUAGGCCUUUGAUAGAUUUAGGCAUCAUCUAGUGGUCCUCUACCAAAAUUGUUCAAAUUAUCCCCCUAGGGUCAAAUAUGGCCCCGACCCUGGGGUCACAUGGUUUAUAUAGACUUAUAUAGGGAAAACUUGGAAAAUCUUCUUGUACAAAACCACAUGGCCUAGGGCUUUGAUAUUUGGUAUGUUAAAAUCUUCUUGUCUGAAACCACAACACUUAGACCUUUGAUAUUUGGUUUGUAGCAUUGUCUUAUGGUCCUCAACCAAAAUUGUUCAAAUUGUACCCCUGGGGUGAAAGGCCCUGCCUUGGGGGUCCCAAAUUUUAUAUAGACUUAUAUAGGAGAGAACUGGGCUACAAGUCGUAUUAAGUCAUAUUAUGAAAUGAAAACUCAGAUAUAAGAAAUAAAUGACAAAUGUCAGAUUUGAACUUGUACCAAAAACGCUGAUUUUAAGUAGACUUUAUGGGGAUUUUUGCUCAUUGGUAAUCGAAUAUUAUAAUACAAGUGAUAUUGAUACACUUAUGGCAUCACUGUCAAAUUAACAAAAAAAUCACUGAGGUAAUAAGAUUUUUUCUUCAACUAGUUUGAAUAAACAAGCUGUUCUGUUUAUACUUAUUGGUACAGAGGUGGAUCUUCAGCAAAAUCAUAUCAUUAUGUUGGUAUUAUAUUACUUAGUUUUAGCUUAAUGGCUUUUUUUUUUUCAGAUAUGAAAUUCUAAAGUAAAGUUAACAGAAUUUUA